AUGAUAUAUUUGUUUAUGUAGUGUCAAAAUUAAAUGUAAAUAAACUAAAGUGAUAAUAUGUAGAAUUUAAGUAAAGAUAAUGCAAAAGUUAAAAAUCACUAUGGAAUGUGAUUUAGAGAAUUGCAAAUAUAUUAAAGUUAAGUAAUAAAAUAGUAUUGACAUGUCAGGGUUAGAGAAGUCAUCUCAGGUAUCAAUCACCACAACAAUGCAGUCUACUGAAGCACCUCCUGCAGCCCCCAAACCUGAUCAACAAGCAAGUAGACAAGCUAAUUUGCAAGUAAUAAGACAGAGAAAACAGAUGGUUUUAUCGUUUCCUCACAACAAGAAACUGUUAAAGCUUGCAACAUAUUCAAAGUGCCAGGAACAAGCAUGCAGUUGUGCUGGUUGGAAAAGACCAGAAGUUACCACAGCUUCACCAUUAUUUACAGAUGUAUGCCGAUGUGAACACAUAUUAGAAUCCCAUGUCUCACAUUUAAGAUCAAAAAGUGAAGAAGAUAUAAAUAAAUUAUUAAGAAUGGUAGUUGAUGUGGAAAACAUGUAUACUGCAAAGAAGAGAGAGGACAAUGAUGAAAUAAAAAAUAUUUAUACUUAUUUAUUUACUCUUUUAGUUAAAUCAAUUUUGACAAUGGAAACUCCAGUCAUACAAGCAACAUUAGGUGAACCUCCAUUUGAAAAGCCUUCAAUUCACAAUGCUGUUACCAAUUUUGUCUUGUACAAGUUCUCUCAUCUAUCUCAGCAGGAAUGGAAUACAAUGCAUGAACUUGCUAAAAUAUUUUUACAUUGCUUCAAUACUUGGGAUUUUCCAGCACCAAGUAACCAAAAGCAAAUAGUUAGUCAAGAAGAGGCUGUGACAUAUAAGAAAGCUUAUACUCGAUGGUUCGUUUUUUGCCAUAUACCAGCAUUCUGUGAUUCAUUGCAAUAUUAUGAUACAACCAUGGUUUUUGGAAAGAUAUUGCUACGCGCUGUAUUUAAAUACGUGCGCAAACAGAUUAUGGAUCAAUUCCAUCAGUUUAGGGAGAGAAUGCCAGUUGAAAGGAGAGUGAUGAUUUUAAAUCAUUUUCCAUCAUUUUUAAAUGUACUUGAUAAUGAAAUAUAUAGUAAUAACUCACCUAUUUGGGAUCCAGAAUUUAAACCACCACCAUCUAUUCAUAUUCAAACAUUAAUAGAGAAUAACAAAUCAAAAAAAAGGAUUUCAGAAACUUGCGCUAUCGAUAAAGAUGGUUUUAAUAACGGAAGAAUCUUGGAUAAUACUACACCAAGAAGUAAACGAAGGAAAGCAAAUGAUGAUGAUUUUGAUAAUUUAUCUGAAGAAAAUUUAGCAGAAAUAAUCCUUACAAUUGAUAAUCCCAAUUACAUGAUAGGGCCAGAUGUUUUUGCUGAAGAAGCUCCAGAUGAAUCGGCGAAAUUGGAAGAAAGAAAUAAAAUAAUUGAAUUUCACGUAAUUGGAAAUAGUUUGACUGAGCCAGUCUCAAAACAGACGAUGCUCUGGCUAAUAGGAUUGCAGAAUGUAGUUUCUCAUCAACUUCCGAAUAUGCCAAAAGAAUACAUUACGCAAUUCUUAUUUGAUCCAAAACAUCGUACAUUGGCUUUAAUUAAAAACAAUCAGCCAAUAGGCGGGAUUUGCUUCAGGACUUUUCCAACGCAAGGCUUCACCGAGAUUGUAUUUUGUGCAGUUACUUCAUCUGAACAGGUGAAGGGAUAUGGGACGCAUAUGAUGAAUCAUUUGAAGGAUUUUCAUAUAAGGAAAAAUAUUUUAAAUUUUUUAACCUUUGCCGAUGAUUUAGCUAUUGGGUAUUUCGAAAAGCAGGGUUUCUCUAAAGACAUCAAAAUGUUUAGAGGGAUAUACCAUGGAUAUAUUAAGGAUUACGAGGGCGCAACGUUGAUGCACUGCGAGCUGAAUCCGAAAAUUAUCUACACGAAGUUUACUUCGAUUGUUAUGAGACAGAAAAAGAUUGUCAAACAUUUGCUGUAUAAGCAGCAACAGGGUAUUUCCAAAGUAUACCAAGGAUUAACUUUCUUUAAAGAAGGUGUAAAAAGUAUACCGAUAGAAUCUAUACCGGGAAUAUCUGAGACAACUUGGAGGCCAGCAGCUAGAGCGACUAGAGGUGGUCAACAAAUGGAGGAAUCGCAGGAUAUUGAUACACUCACGAAUAUGUUAAAAAUUGUUCUCAACGCAGUUAAGAAUCACGAGGAUUCUUGGCCAUUUAAACUACCCGUAGAUAAAAACCGAGUUCCUGAUUAUUACGACCACAUAAAGUAUCCCAUGGAUUUAAAAACAAUGACUGAAAGGCUGAAAGCGAAAUAUUAUGUUACGAGGAGAUUAUUUGUGGCUGAUAUGAUGAGGAUAUUCACCAACUGCAAGAUCUACAAUUCGCCUGAAACAGAGUAUUAUCAAUGCGCUAUGCAUCUGAACCACUAUUUCCAGACUAAAAUGAAAGAACUGGGUCUCUGGGAUAAAUAGAAUUUACUUCAGAACCUUUUUGAAACAGUAUUUUAAUGUUUACUUUAUUUAUUUUUGUGUGUAUGUUAUGUCUGUGUGAAAUAUGGUAGUUGAUGGAUCUUUUAAUAAACGCAUUUGAUUUGA